AUGGCAUGGGAAGAAGAAUAUCAAAAACUAACAAGCUGCAGUAGUUCAGUUUCAGUUGAUGUGAAUAAUACUCCUAAUUCGGAUGCUUCGAGAACUAAAAGUUGUCAGUCUGUAUGUACAACAAAUUCUAGUUGUUAUCUUCAAAAAAGGAAAGCGAAGAAUCCUCUAAUGUAUCCAUUGCGACCGAGUUAUUCGAAACCGUCGAAUAGUGUUACAAAUUCAGUACGUCAAAGAGUUUUGUCCGCAAAAUUAUUAAAACUGAGAUCUAUACAGAGUCAGUUGAACGAUGCCAACUUUCAUUUAUCGGAACUCGCAAGAGAAAAUCAGUUUCUGAAGAAUCUACAAAAACGUCAAGAUAAAGCUCUAUCGAAGUACGAAAAUACUAGCGCGGAUUUACCUCGUCUUAUACGGUCUCACGAAGAACAACUUCGAGCCGUUACCGAAAAGAACAAAGCGCAACGUCUAAAGAUCAAAGAAUUGAACGAUCUACUUAAAAUUCGAGACGAAGAACUGUCAAAAACACAAGAAAAAUUAAUCCAUUUCGAGAAACUUAAUAAAGAUAAACGUCUACUUGAUAGAGAAAAAAUGUUGGAACAAAUCGAAGAUUUGAAAAUGAAAUUAAAGAAUGCAGAUGAAAUUAAUAGCGUGUUAAAUAGAAAAUUAGCUCUAGAACAGAAAACGGCGAAGCAAAGACUGAACAACGAAUCGAUGAAAUACAGACAAUCGCAAAAGGAAAUGGCGCAAGCGCUAGCAGAAAUAGAUAGACUAACGUCACUUUUAGAGGCAAAGGAAAACGUUGUCCACCCUCGUAGAAAUAGAUUCAACCGUGUGCCUGGUCAAUCGGUAUCGACGAUAACCCUAGGCGCCCUGCAUCAAUCGUCAAAAACAAAAAAUACUGAUACGAAAGAAAAGUUGACGACUAUCGUCGACGAUUUGGAAGAAACAAAAACGUAUACCAACAUAAAAUUAGAACCGAUCAAAUGUCCUAAAAACGAAGAAACUUCGAAAAAAAACAACGGAAUACUGACACUACCAUCAGAAAGUAUAAAAAAUAGAUUAUCAAGUGGUUCCAAAUCGAGAGAAAGCGUCGAAUCCGACAACGGUUCGGAAUUGUCUUUAAGUAACUUCGACAGUUCCGGCGAAGAAAAGAGUCGAUGUAACGAUACCAAUGAAUCGAGUUGUAGGAGUACAUCCGGUGAUGCGAAUCGAUCGAUGAACAGAACGAGUUUGUAUGGAUCGAAUGAUGAAAUUCGAUAUUCUAGCGAUGAGAAAUUAGAAAAGGUGCAGUCACAUAUAGAUUCGGCUAUUGAGAAGGCAGUUAACAACGUCGAUACGGAAUUUGAGAAAAUUGGUAAUUACUGCUCUGGCGUUGUGUCGAAUGUCAGAAUGUGUUCAGAGCGGUUAGAAGCCCAAAGAGAAAGCCUCAGGUCGUACAAAAAGGAUACAAAUACCAUAUUGGAGACUUUUGAAAAAACAGAAAAGUUCGAGAAUAAAUUGAAGGAAUCUUUCAUGAACUUUGAUCCUCUAAACGAUGAUUUUUUGAAAGACAUUCUUUCGGACGACUAUAAAAUUAAAAGUAAAAAAGAUAGAAAUGAAAACGUAACGAAAGAAACUAAAUUUGGCGUUAUUGAUAGGAAGAAACUGUUGAAUACGUUGAAGGCUAUUGAUGCGGGUGAUAGCGUGGAUAGUUUAGAUGAUUUACACACGAACAACAUCCACAAGUUUAGAGAAGUCGAUCAACUGAUUGGCUGACGUUGAUAGUAUAAUGUUACGGGGUGGACCAAUGUUUAUCCGAAAAUAUUCAUCAAAAAAUUUCUCGUACAAAAUAUGUAGCUUCAACUCAGACAAAGCGAGAUAUUAUUAAAAAUAUAUUUUUUUAUUAAAUAUGUUCAAGUAAAGUAAGAAGUAUAAAUGUUUUAUUUAUAUUUGAAGUUUGAUGUAAAAUUACACUAGAACGGUUCGUUGGUCCAUACGGUACAAAUUUAGUUAUUGUAAUAUAUUUAUUGGACAUAAACAGAGAAAUAAAAUAUCUAUUUAUAAAAUGUU